UCAAUAAAGACCAGUAGGCCAAAGUGUCACGUACAGAGCAGGUUGCUUUAUCCUAAGUGAGACCCAGGUAAACUUUGUCGUGACAGCAACAGUCACGUUUCACACAACGUAUCCAGGGUGUAUCCAAGGCAGGGCGCCGCCAUGUCAGUCAACUACGUCACUCUUAGCCACGCCUCCUCUCGAAACUUACGUUGUUACGAGACGUUUGAUUGGACGUGUCUGCUACGGCUGUGUUGAUUGGUGGAUGCAGACCCCCGGGGUGGUCAUGGUUCUGGGACACCGCUAGUCCGGAGUAACACACAGAGGAAGGACGAAUCGUACGGGACCGCGCUCUCCUGAAAUAUUAAAAACAUCAAGAAAAGAUGUAUGCCGAGGAAUGUGGACCAUAACGGAGGUUUAGAUCCUGUGUUAGAAGGGAAGGCUGUUCAUCUGGUGCGACCAUGACGGACAGCGACAGCGUGAAGGUUGCCGUGAGGGUUCGCCCUUUCAAUCAGAGAGAGAAGGCAGCCAACUCCAAAUGCAUCCUGUCCAUGAAUGGGAGUCAAACGGUCAUCACAGACCCUGCCACAGGGAACACCAAGAUGUUCAGCUUCGACCAGUCCUACUGGUCACAUGAUGGCUUUAAGGAGGACGACAAUGGGAUCUAUCAGGCCAUGGACAGUGGUUAUGCUGACCAGAGACGAGUGUUUAAUGACCUUGGUCAAGGAGUCCUGAACAAUGCCUGGGCAGGCUACAACGCUGCCCUUUUCGCUUACGGCCAAACUGGAGCAGGAAAGAGCUACUCAAUGGUCGGCUAUGGAGUCAACAGGGGCAUUGUGCCCAUCACCUGUGAUGAGCUGUUCAUGGCAAUCUCAAAGAACGAGGACAAAGAGAGGCAAUAUCAAGUAAGCUUUAGCAUGCUGGAAAUAUAUAACGAGAAGGUUAGAGACCUAUUAUCAAAGGAUUCAAAGAAUCUGACUGUACGGCAAAGUCCCAAGCAAGGUUUCUAUGUAGAAAAUCUGAAGCAAACUCCGGUACAAAACUACAAGGAGAUUGAGAGAUUGAUGGAUCAGGGCACCAAGAACAGAACGACAGCAUCCACCAACAUGAACGCCACCAGCAGCCGCUCGCACAUGGUCAUCACCAUCAGGUUCAAACAGGUGUUCAUCAAUGCGAGUGGGGAGAGCACCACCAAAAGCAGUGAGAUCAACCUGGUAGACUUGGCAGGCAGCGAGCGGGCCAGCUCCACCGGGGCCACGGGGGACAGACUGAAGGAGGGGUCAGCCAUCAACCAGAGCCUGUCCACUCUGGGCAACGUCAUCAGUGCCUUAGCAGAUAAUUCUUGUGGGAAGAAGAAGGUGAUGGUGCCAUACAGAAAUUCAGUAUUAACCAAGCUGCUACAGAACGCCCUGGGAGGCAACAGUAAGACUAUCAUGAUUGCUGCUCUUAGUCCUGCAGAUAUCAACUAUGAAGAGACACUGUCAACACUUAGAUAUGCUGAUAGAGCCAAGAAAAUAAAAAACAAUGCAGUAGUAAACGAGAGCCCCACAGACAGACUGAUCCGAGAGCUGAAGGAGGAGAACGCUCGACUCAUGGCCAAACUGCAGGGUCAAGACAGAGGUGGAAAAGGCAGGGAUGAAGAACUGGAGAGAUUGUUGCAGGAGAACGUCAGACAGAUGUCAGAUAUACAAAUGACAUGGGAGAAGAAGCUGGAAGAAGCAAGGAGAGAAUGGGAGCAGUCCCAAGCUCAAGUAUCUCAGGAAGACAUGCUGACUAAGGAGCACCCUUACCUGCAGAAUGUGAACGAGGAUCCCUACCUGAGCGGGGUCGUAAAGCAUGCGCUGCCUCCAGGAAAUAACUACUUAGGCAAUUCAAAGUCAGAAACAGGCAACAGCAUCUUCAUCAGAGGACUUGGGAUCUUGGCGUGCCAUGUAGUGAUGAGUAACAGUGGUACAGAGAUGUCCAUCGAACCAGUGUCACCCGAUGCUAAGGUAGUCAUCAAUGGACAGCAAAUUAUGGUCAAAACACCUUUACAGCACCUGGACCGGCUGAUGCUGGGUUCAAACUGCCUGUUCCUGUACGUGGGGUACCCAGCAGACAGAGUCGGCCAGGAGGAGACAAAGCAGUACAGCUACGACUUCUUCCAGCAAGAGCUCGCACAAAGCCAGGGAAUGACAACUCUGCUCGGCACCCCGAGACUCGGGGAAGGGGCAAACGAGGCCAUGGACAAGCUGGUGUUCCAGGACUUUGUACAGCUCAUGCCGAAGGUCGACGAGGUCAACGCAAUGAGCAAGGACAUGAACAAGGCCAUGACAUUUCAACCCAUCAUAAAGAACCUGGCCUCCCAUGACUCACUGGGCAACAAUAAGGAGAUGGAGGUGGAGGUGCUGGUCACCAACACAGUAACUAACCAGGUAUGGAUGUGGUCCAAGGCCAAGUUCAUCAACAGGAAGUUCCUGAUCGAGGAGCUGUACCAGCUGUACAUGGAGGAGGGUAGACUGGAUGUUGAACAGGCCAACGACCCCUUCUGGGAUCCAGUGGAGGACGUGUUUCUGGGAAGUGCCCACAUCUGGCUGCAGAGCCUGGCCUACCGAAUACAGAUAGACGAGCAGAUUGAAGUUCACAACUACCAGGGGAAGGAGGAGGCCAUGGUGCAAGUGGUCAUCUCCCCUGCUGAUUCACAGGGCAGACAGCUGCCAGAUGCAGAGGCCAUGGUGAUUGACCCGUCCGAACUGCUGGGCAAGAGGCUGGAUUUCAUCAUCAGCAUCCCACAAUGCCUUGGGAUCAAGUGGAUACAGGAGGAGAAGUCAAGAGGGUCCAUGUUUAGCUUUCAGUUUUAUGGCUCUUCCAACACCCACCGGUCCAAGCCGGUGUGGCACAGCCUGAAUGCCAAGAUGAACUUCACACAGCAGUUCACCAUCAACCCAGUCUCCAUGGAGUUCCUGCAGUACCUACAGACACAUGCACUGGUGCUGGACAUGUGGGGCCUGCAGGAAGGACGAGAGGAGGACCUGACCAGCAGCUCUCCCCAGGACGGCUCGGAUAACGGGUACGGCAGCAGCAGCACCAUCCAGGAGGGGUCAAGGUCAUCCUCCUUCUCCGACUCCGACCUGGAGCAGGUGUUGCACAUGAGAGAAGCUGAGAACCUGGAGCUGAAGAAACAGAUGCAGGACCUGGAGGCAGAGCUGGAGAAGCUGAGACUAUCCGAGCAGGCAGCCAAGAAGGAGAAGUUCACCCUGCUGCAGCAGCUGGAGAAACUGAAGACGGCUCAGCAGGUCCGAGCUGCGUCAGGGGGAGGGGGGCGGCAGCCAAACUCGUCUGCAGGCUCCCCUGUCUCCAGGACACCUCCUGCUCCAGCCCCACAGCAGAAGCCCCCCUCCCCAGCGGCUAAGUCCAUGGAUGGGGAGCUGGCAAAGGCUAUCAAGGAGUUCUUCAGCGGGCUGAAGCCAGCCCUGCAGACUCUCAGGGAACUGAAGGAGACAUCAGGACAGACCGGUGCGGGUGAGCAGGCGGACCUGCAGGUUGCCAUGGACAGACACGCCCAGCUGGUGCACAAACUGGACGAGAACCUGUCCACAAGUCUCACCAGUCUCAAGGCCAACGUCGUGGCUGCCGUCAAGAGGAAGAAGGAAGGGACCGAGCAACAAUCAUGACCCAGAAGGGACUCUCACAGUUCAGGGUUGGACAAGAUUUCUAAAAUUCACUAUCAUGUCUUGUCCUAUCAGGCAAGUACAUAAAAAUGUACUUGCCCCGACCAAUUUUCACUUGUGCGAAAUUUAAAUGAAUUUUUUUUAUUCAUUUUCACUUCCAGCAAUGGAAUUCUUUAAACAUUGGCUAAACUUUUCUGUUUUGACCAAUAUUUGAUGCCAUAACAGUGAAAAGUUAGAAGUACAUCAAAAUCUCAGUGUUGGAAAAAUCUUACUUGCCCGGGCAAGUGGGAUAGGACACAUGCUUGCCCGAUCGGCACUUUCACUUGCCCGAGACAAUCGUGCUAGUGGACUUGUCCAACCCUGCAGUCUCUUCCAGACUCCUUUGUUUGCUGAAAUUACCCAAAUACACUGCACAUACAUGUAUAUAUGGUGAGAGCUAAUUGGGUAGCCCACAGAUAGGUCCAUCAACCUUCUCUGGCUAAGUGAUUUUUACAACUAAAGUAUUUUUCACUCAAAGGAGUCUGGUGGAGUUCUGUACAGGAAGAAGAGUUUGUUGUUGUGCAAACCAAGUGUAGUUUCAGCUGCAUCACAACUACUGCUACUUCUUGUGAUGCAGUUGGAGGAUGAUAGUGGGCCAGUAAAAUUACAACUGUUGCAAUGAUGUGUUAUGGCAAUGUACAUGAAAUAAGAUGCUUUACUAUUUAUGCUUUAAGUAGAAAUAUGAUUUCAAUACCUGGAAAGCUGCUGUGCAGUGGACAGGUACAUUAAUUCUACAAUUGAAAACGUCAUCAAGGAAACUGUUGAAAACAGUUGUUAGAUCACAUAAGGACACGUAUGAUAGCUUACAGAAUUGCCUGAAACCACCAUGCACCCUUCAGUUUUGAUGGAUUGACUUCUGUUUGCCUCCUAGAAAUAUUGAGAGCAAGGAUUCCUUAUAAUGUAUGUCUGUAAAGCCAUCUAGUCUGUGCUGGAGUUUUAUUGCACCCAUUAGCCAUACCCAGAUAAACACACAUGUACAUCAUGUACCUGAAACUGCCAUCAUGGCUGUAUCAGCCAGACUUAUGACAUGUACUUGAGCUACAUUAUAUAUAAUGUUAGCCAUCACCAAACAGCAUGGCUGUCAUCUAGCUGUCAUACCGCAGAUCACCAUCCUAGCAGUGCAGCUCAGUGAAGUGGGAAUCAUGAUUAAAUGUGAUAGCACAUACAUAUGAUGCACAUUCAUGGCUUGUAAUGCAGCAUGGUCGGUGAUACAUGUAUCCAGAUCUUCCCGAUAAGGAAAAUUGAUGUACGGUGAAGUUUGGUUACCUUCAUCGUCAGUUGGGCAAAGCCUGUCAGAUGCCUGCAAAUUUCAGGUUGUGAACUAGGUAGGAGAAAGAGUGUUGACUUACCACACGAAUAUUGUAAAACCCAACCCCAGCUCUCAUAGUGAAAGUAAAUUCUCCUGCCAUUUUAUAUUCAUUUUGGGGUCUUUGUUUCCAAACUUUUAAUCUUUCUUGUGUCAGGCUUAAGACAUGGUACAUGUGCAACCAUGGUUAUCAGUAUUUUACAUUUUCAUGCAAGAAUAAGAUUUGAAGGGGGUAAAUACAAAUGCCACCUUGAACUAAAAAAAACGAGUGGGUGCCAGAUGUCACUUUUUGUUUCCAGUUUAUUGCAGUGUCUACCUUUUGUAUGCACAAGAAGCUCUGUUUGGUGUGCACAGUGUACAGUUUUCUGAGGACCUAAUGUCAAUGGUGAUGUAAAUAAUUGUACAAAUUUUGUCAGAGUAA